AGAGCGAGUGAUGGAAGAAGAAGAGGGGGGUCCUAGAGGAGGUAGUGACGCAUUCCCAGGCCCCAGCAUCUCCGCACUUCUCAGCAGCAAGUAAUGAGCUUAACCACACAGCUUCAGUGCAAAGGGGUCAAUCGCUCGGAUUAUCACUGUCGAAUUUGACAUCACAAUCCUCCGCACCUCUCUGUUUUUUUACAUUCUUUUUUGGAAACCUUUGAACCUUUUGUAACCUUGACCUAUCCUAACCUAUCUUUAUUCUUGUAGGUGAAAAUUGAUACAUUAAACUUUCACAGGUUCAGAGAGGACUGGCAGCUCAAAUAUGGACCGUAGUUUACUCCAGCUAAAACAAAGGGUGUAUAAGUGUUGUUGAGUUUGGGGGUGGAUGGUAGCUUUCGGGACAGGGAUUCACUUUUGUUACCUUUGAAAACAUAACCCAAUGCCACUGUGCAACAACAAGGUAGCUGACGAUGGAACUUCAGCACAGCCACUGCAAGAGGGAAAAGCAAUGGUGGACUCCCUUAUCAAGGUGGUGGCAUGUUAUCGGCACUUGGCCUCUUGUAUUGGUGGAUGCACGGACAACUCCAGCCUAAGACGUGAUCUUCGGCAAACACGAGAGCGAGCCCAGACACUAGCGCUGUCCUGCCGAAACCACCUGACAGCUCGACUGAGGGAUAAAACAUUACCGGAGGCUGAGAGGAAGGAAACAGAGCUGCUAUGGGUGGCAUUCUCCUCUUGUCUGGAGCUCUUACAUGCAGACAUGUGCAAGGUUUUCACCAUGGUCAAGCACUUUUCCUUGGCCAAUAACAGUACCAUGGUGCAAACCGGCAUACAGGGGGGGACAACAGAGUUGGCAGCACGGGCUUUGAGCCUGCCUGACCUGCAGGAGGCAGGUGGCAGUACCCAGACAUCCAGCAUGGAGGGUCAGGAGCAGAGUCAGCUGGAGCAAGAGAUUGCACAGGUGGACCGUACACUGGAGGACAUGGAGCUGAAGGUCAAUGUGCUGCGCUGGACAGUGGAGGCACUGGGUCCUCAGUAUGCUGACCCCGUCAGCACUGACAGUGCUUCGCUAGCGCUGCUGUCCAUCGACGAAGAGGCAGCUCAAGCCUUUUGCAGUCGCAGCCAGGUGUUUGCAGCAAUGAUGCUGUGUGGUGUGGCAAUCUUUGCCGUAGUGCUAUCAGUGUGUGUGGUGUUCCUGGUCUGAAGUCUUAUCACUUGUGUUGUGUAGGUUUUUCUUUUUCCAAGGUCUCUUCAGCUGUGUUCAGCCAAACAUCAACAGUCUGUGUACUUAUUAACUAUGUAACAGUUCCUUACUUUUGAUCUCGACAGAGCCUGUGACUCCCUUUUACAAAUCAAAAAAACUUUGCCAAUAAUUUUGAGUGUGUGAUCAUUUAUAGCAAAGUAAAGCAAGAUAAAUUAAUCUUCACUCUAUUGCUGAAUUGAAAGUAGUAAAAUAGUAAAAAAAUAAGAUCUGAUUUACUGAUGUAGUAUGAGCAUGCUGCGCAUAAACACAAGAUCGGUUUACUGUUCAUAGGCUGGUUCAUCAUAUUGUACCUUCAGAACUUUGCUCAUCAUCUGUUUUAGUUUUUGAGUGAAUAUAGUAUCAAUAUCAACACUGACACAACAUUUAAUCCUUUAACUAUUACCUAGCAAAUGUGUACUGUCCUCUCAAAACACCACCAACAGAAACACAUAGGGCUUUAAUAUGUUAUGCACAUGUUUUUAUCUAUUGUGGCUUUUAAUUAUGCUUAAUUAUGUAGUUUUGUGACAGGUUUCGAAACCUGUUACAAAAGCCAGAAACAAUAGAAUUGUUUGUUUUAAAAGGUUAGUCAGCGUUAACUGGUAUUAAUACUCUGUUACUAAUUAUAAACAAG